AUGAAGCGUAUCCAGCUCCGAAUGUGUUUGCCUUGGCUGGUUUUUUUCCUGUGGAGUUUACAGACCGCAGCCUCUCAAGCAGUCUGUGCAGGUACUCUCAACGGGCUCAGUGUGACCGGCGAUGCCCUUCAGAGCUACCAGACGCUCCAUAAAAUGUACAACAACUGCGAAAUUGUCAUGGGCAAUCUCGAGAUUGUCCUCAUUGAACAGAAUCAGGACCUCUCCUUCUUGCAGACUAUCCGAGAAGUGACUGGCUAUGUUUUGAUUGCCAUGAAUGUCUUCACGUACCUGCCACUGCAGAAUUUGCGCAUAGUGCGAGGGGCCCAGUAUUAUGAAGACAAGUAUGCGCUCUUCAUCCUUCUCAACUAUGCAAAAAAUGUCACACACGCCCUGCGCCAGGUGGGCUUCAACCAGCUCACAGAAAUCCUUUCUGGGAGUGUCUACAUUGGAAGGAACAAGCAGCUGUGCCACGUGGAUACAAUCAAUUGGGGAGAUAUCAUCCGGAAGUCACAUUUUCAGCCAGUGGUCACAGACAACGGGGACAAUUGCCCUCCAUGCCACGAGAGCUGCAAUGGGCACUGCUGGGGUCCUGGUCCUGAUGACUGUCAAAAAUUGACCAAGAGCAUAUGUGCCCCUCAAUGCAAUGGCCGUUGUUUUGGCCCCAACCCCAAUGAGUGCUGCCACGAUGAAUGCGCAGGAGGCUGCAUUGGACCAAGCAAGACACAGUGCUUUGCUUGCCGGAACUUCAAUGACAGUGGAGCCUGUGAGACUCUCUGUCCACUUCCACUGAUCUACGACAAGCUCACAUUCCAGUUGGAGCCCAACCCUGAUACCAAAUACCAGUACGGCGGCAUCUGUGUCAAAAACUGUCCACAUAAUUUUGUGGUGGAUCAGAGCUCAUGCGUCCGAACUUGCCCUAACGACAAAAUGGAAGUGGAAAAAAAUGACCUAAGGAUAUGCGAGCCCUGUGUGGGACUCUGUCCAAAAGCCUGUGAAGGAACCGGAAUCGGAAGCAAGUUUCAGACAGUGGAUUCCAGCAACAUUGACCGCUUUAUCAACUGCACCAAGAUCUUGGGCAACUUGGACUUCCUUAUCACUGGCCUGGAAGGGGACCCGUGGCAUAACAUAACUGCACUGGACCCAGAAAAACUCAACAUCUUCCGGACAGUGCGAGAGAUCACAGGCUACCUGAACAUCCAGUCGUGGCCCAAACACAUGAACGAUUUCAGCGUCUUCUCCAACCUGGUCACCAUCGGUGGCCGCAGCCUCUAUAACCGUGGUUUCUCAAUGCUGAUCAUGAAGAACAUGAAUGUGACCUCGCUGGGCUUUCGCUCACUUCGACAGAUCAGCGACGGCAAGGUCUACAUCACUGAGAACCAGCAGCUUUGCUAUUACCACACCAUCAACUGGAACGUGCUCUCACGCCGGCGCUCAGACCUUGACAUCAGGCUUAACAAGCCUCCCGACAAAUGCAUACGAGAAGGGAAAGUCUGUGAUCCUCUUUGCUCUGACAAUGGCUGUUGGGGACCUGGCCCAGACCAAUGUGUCUCUUGCCGCAACUACAGCCGUGAAGGAACCUGCGUGGACUCCUGCAGUUUCUAUGAAGGGGAGGUUCGAGAAUUUUUGCAAGAUGGCGCGUGCUUCCCUUGCCACUCGCAGUGCCAGAAGAUUGACGGUGACCUAACCUGUGGUGGAUCGGGUGCUGAUGCCUGUGUACAGUGUGCUAACUACAAGGACGGACCACACUGCGUGGAGAGCUGCCCUGAUGGCAUCCUAGGGGAGAAGGGGCUUAUCUUCAAGUACCCAGAUGCCAACAGGGAGUGCUGGCCGUGCCAUGAGAACUGCACGCAAGGGUGUGGUGGUCCGCAUCUUGACAAUUGCUUCAUGGAGCAUCUGCCUGUUGCCAGGAAAGCCCCGACGGUGAUUGCGGUGAUGGCUGUGUGCUGCCUCUUCAUCUGCUGCUCCUGUGGUUUGCUCACUUUCCUCUACUGCCGGGGCAAGAAGAUUCAGAAGAAGCGAGCCAUGCGCCGAUACUUGGAGAGAGGAGAGAGUCUGGAGCCCCUGGAUCCCAGUGAAAAAGCCAAUAAAGUCCUAGCCCGAAUCUUCAAGGAGACGGAGUUGAAGAAACUGAAAGUUCUGGGAUCAGGAGUGUUUGGAACUGUGCACAAAGGUGUCUGGAUCCCAGAUGGAGAUUCCAUCAAGAUUCCCGUCAGCAUCAAAGUUAUCCAGGAUCCAAGCGGGCGGCAGACAUUCCAUGCGGUCACCGAGCACAUGUUGGCCAUAGGCAGUCUGGAUCAUGCUUACAUCAUCCGGCUCCUGGGCAUCUGUCCUGGGACCCAGCUCCAGCUGGUCACCCAGCUCCUACCCCUGGGCUCACUGCUAGAAUACAUCCGCAAAAACAAGGAUGCUAUCGGUCCCCAGCUAAUGCUCAACUGGUGUGUACAGAUUGCCAAGGGCAUGUACUACCUGGAAGAGCACCGCAUGGUCCAUCGCAACCUGGCUGCCCGCAAUGUUUUAGUAAAAUCCCCCAGCCAGGUACAGGUGGCAGAUUUUGGCAUCGCUGACCUGCUCUAUCCAGAUGACAAGAAAUACUUCUACAAUGAAAUUAAGACUCCAAUAAAGUGGAUGGCUUUGGAGAGCAUACAUUUUGGAAAAUAUACGCAUCAAAGCGACGUGUGGAGUUACGGGGUGACAUUGUGGGAGAUGAUGACCUUUGGAAGUGAACCCUAUGCAGGCAUCCGUCUUUCAGAAGUGCCUGAUCUUCUGGAGAAAGGGGAGCGCCUCUCACAGCCCCAAAUCUGCACCAUUGAUGUCUACAUGGUAAUGGUAAAAUGCUGGAUGAUUGAUGAGAACAUUCGUCCCACCUUCAAAGAGCUAGCCAAUGAGUUCACACGCAUGGCCCGCGAUCCUCCUCGCUACCUGGUGAUUAAGAGAGAGAGUGGGACACUUACCCCUGUGGAGCCACCAACACUCAGUGAAAAGGAGUUGGAUGAGAUGGAAACGUUGGAAAUGGAGACAGAGAUGGAGGAGGAGGAACUUAACAACCUCUUCUCCUCCAGGCAGUGGAUGGACGCCACACGGAGCCCGACUCUCCUGAACCCCUCAGCUGGAUACAUACCCAUGAACCAGAGCAGCCUCAGUGGAAGUCAUCAGAGUGCUGGACUGGGCUCCCGGCAGACUUUGCGCAUAAGGCAGGAGUCCAUGGGUCGCACGAUUUCAGAGUCGUCAGAGGGACGGGGGACGGCCUCCGAUUAUGAGCUCACCGAGGAUAUGUCUUUGUCCGGGAGCCUGUGCCGGAGCCACCGGUCCCGGGGAGAUAGUGCCUACCUCUCUCAGCGAGAGAGCCUGAUGCUCCCAGUUGGAAGUGCUGACGGGGAAGAAGACGCCAAUGGCUACGUCAUGCCGGAUCGAAACAGCAGAGAGCGUGCUGCUGGCGCUUCCGCCUCCCUGCUCCGGGGCUCACAUCCUGUGCCGCAAGUGGAUGAAGAGUACGAGUACAUGAACCGGCGUGCUCCACAAGCCCCACAGCCCCGGCCAGCCUCUCUGGAGGAGCUUGGCUACGAGUACAUGGACCUGGGCUCUGAGCUGAGCGCUUCGCUCGGCAGUGUGCCAAGCUCCCAGUUAACCACGCCCUGUCGGGAUGAAGAGGACGAGGAAGAAGACUAUGAGUACAUGAACAAACAGCCCAAGCUCAGCAAGUCCCUGAGCAGUAUCCGCAGCUCUCGGGAAGACUAUACCGACAUGGACUCUGGCAUCACGCAGGGCUCCCCGGAUGAGCAGGGUUACGAGGAAAUGGAUGCUGUCUUGCCCCCUGUCCAGUGUCCUGGCUGUCAGAGUCCCCCCUGCCCCAAAAAUGGGUUCAUGAAGCCCUUGCGCACAUUGGAAGCCUCAGACUGUGCUUUUGACAACCCUGAUUACUGGCACAGCCGAUUGUUCAGCAAGGCUGAUAUCCAGAGGACUUAGUUGGGGGUGGUGGUUUUGUCUGUCCCUUUGCGGGGUAGAAGAAACAAACUCUUGAACUUUAGCCGCAAACACCCUAACUGUGGUUGUGGACUGAAAAGUGGAACUUCCGUGAAGCUCCGUAAGCCUCUCUGGUGCUGACCAAGAUGGGCAGGCACGUCAGGAGCAGCCAACAACGGGCUCCUCCAGGGUUGCGUCUCAGCCCCUCUGCCUCGCACUGCAUUUGACCCAUCACACAUCUGGUCUCUUCCGUUCAAAUGCCCUGAACGUAGAGGGCAACACGGAAGCAAGUUGGAAGACGCUGUCUAGACUUCUGGGACAUGGGGCCGGAAGUUUGUAGAAGACUUGCUGGCCAUUUCCGUGGGCCAGAGGGCCUUACAGUCCGGUGGAGGGCACGGUUUCUCCAGGAAGCAGCUCUGUUUUAGGAAACAAGGUAGAGCCCCCUGUGCCGAGGCUGAACUGAUCCUCCCCUGCCCUGCUCAGAAACCACAUCAACAACCAGGGGGGAUGUCUCUAGCAGCCCUUGUAAAGACAGCCCUCUGCCUUUCGAUAGCAGUGGGGUCUUGAGCAUGAGCCAAGCACACUGAGCCCUGCAGGUGACCGUGAGAUUGAAAAGAAGCCUUCCUCUAGAGAGGCAGCGAGGUCCUUGUCCGCUGAUGUCCCAUUCUGACAACAUCUGUAAUGGGGGGAGGAGAGGACUUACAAUUAUCUGGGUGCAUAUGAAGGAUAACGGUGCUUUCCUCACCACCACCAGGAAGCCUGACCACCUCAUUUAGGGAGAUAUAACGUGUUGCUCUGGGAUAAGGCCAUGUGGGUUUUGAAUCCUACCUCCCAGUAUGGCAUUUGGUUUAAAAAACAAAACAACAGAUACUAGAAACUCCAACUCUUAUCGCUGAGUUUUCUUUUGUUUUGGUGUGCCUUUAGCCAUCCCCGUGCCUUAUAGUUUCCAUAUCUGGAUGGAGACCCUUGAGAAGGAGGACGUGGCCAAGAACAAAAAGCCAGGAGGUGCUGCAGACUUGAACAAGCUAGAUUUCUAUCCCCCUGCAUCUAGUGCUUAUUACAACUUGCAGUGCCAGUCUGAGCAGAGUUAACACCUUCUGAAGUUAAGGGGCUUGGAGGGGCCGUG